AGAAGGAGAAUAAAAAAAAAACUCCCUUAACUUCGCAAUUUUGUUUAUAUAAUUGACUUUCCGUAAUAUACACUUUAACUCUUUGAUGUUCGUCCUUUCCUUUAUUAACAACUAUAAUUAACUUAACGUUAUGUUUAUAACAGCAAGAUUACUAGCGAAUAGACAUCCUCAAUUUAUAGCACGAACAGUAUUUGUACAAAACAAGAAUGUAGACGAUGCUUGUAGAUUGAUUAACAGAAUCCUCGGGAAGGAAGGAAUUUUAGAACGAUACAGAUUGAAUCAAUACUACGAGAAACCUUUUAAGACCAGAAGACGAAUCAAUCAUGAAAGAUGCAAAGCUAUAUAUAAUGAAGACAUGGAAAGGAAAAUAAAAUUUGUACUUCGAAAAAACAGACAUGAGCCUUUCCCUGGAUGUUACUAAUAUUUGAUUAAUUAGUUUGUAGUAAAGCAAUAAAUACUAUUGAUAAUUAUUAA